AUGCAGGUGCAGAACCAGAUGCAGAAGGUUCUGUUGGAGCUGGAGGUUCAGAGCGAGCACACGUCGAGGCUGGAGAGCAGCUGCCGGGCUCUGGAGCGCUCGCUCAGCCAGUCGGGCCACAGACUGCAGGAGAAGGAGCAGGAGCUGGAGCAGCUGACUAAAGAGCUGAGACAGGUCAACCUGCAGCAGUUCAUCCAGCAGACCGGCACCAAGGUCACCGUGCUGCCUGCCCAGCCUGCAGGGGACAACGGAGUGACAUCCCAUAGUCUGCCGGACUUAAUGAAGCCGUCUCAGCAGCCAGGGUCUCGGUAUGUGAGGUGA